GCCUUAGCGGUCACGCCCUCUACCAACGACCCUACAUCCUCCUCCUGCGGGCAAUGAUUGGUUUGCUCCCCCUCACGCUCCUUUUGUUUUCAUGGGGACCGUCUGUCAACGCGGGCAGCGUCAACUACGGUGGCGCAUGCAGCGUCGGUAACCAGAAGCUCGCGGCCGGGACCUAUGAGUUUCAGGCAGACUGUGAUUCGAUCACUUUCUGCAACUCGUCCGGCCUUUGCGACCACAAGGGCUGCAGAUCAGACGAGUAUCCCCUUGGCUACCCCACGAGCUUAGAUCCUCCUCCGAGAUGCCCUACCGGAAUGUUCUGUCCUGAUGAGGAGGAUCAGUGUUUGCCGCUGCUGGCGGUAGGAAGCCCCUGCCAGUUUGACCGAGAUGACGAGUGCCAGGGCCCGCCGAACUUUCAGCAGCUGGCAGACACGACCGGCUAUGGGCUAAACGUGAAUGGCUCGGUGUGCUUGAACAACAUCUGCAUGUGGGCUAACGCCACUCUCGGGAACACAUGUGUGGUAGAGAACACUGCCUACACUGUGUAUUCCGCCAACAACGAAUCUAUCGAUAUUGUGUCGAGGGACAACUGUUCGCCUGGGUUGUACUGUGAUGCUCAGCACUUGGUUUGCAUGAAGACGAAGAACAAGGGCGACUCCUGUGAUGCCGACAAAGAGUGUUCGACAUACAACUGUCUUGCCAAAGGUGUCUGCGGCAGGUCGGCCAACUUGCCCCACCACGUACCCUUCUGGGUGUAUAUUAUUGUUGGCGUUUGCAUCUUGGGCGGCAUGCUUGCAACCCUCGCCGGCAUGUACUGGCUCCACCGAGGACACCGCAAUGCAGAGCGCGAGAAGCGUCUCCAGUACUGGCGCGAGCAGAACGCCUUCCGCCAGAACAUCCUGCAGAUGCAAGAGACUGCCCGCCACUCGAUUAUGUCGCUAUCCGGUGGGGGGCCUCACAGUCCGCGGAGCACGCUUUACAGCCGCGAUGGUGCACAGUCCGAAGACUCUCAAAUACCAAUGUUGAACCCGACGAGCAAGUCGAGCGCCCUGCGGCACCAGCUUUCGGAUGACGGUUCUGACGACGGCAGCCAAGACAGCAUCAUGAUUCAGCGUGUGGAUCGGAAGGACUCGAACAAGUUUUGAAGGAUAGAAUCGAAAACCAGGUUCUCAUGGACUGCGCACCGUCGUGUCGUUUUUACCUACCCACUUACGCGUUACCCUCUCGGACUAGGACAAUCGUUUAUUACCCUUCUAUAAUACUUUCGCUGUCGCUUUGGAAUACAUAUCGCUUUGUUGGGCAAUUUUCUCUCGAGGAAUUUAGGAGUCUUCAUGCAAACACGUCGG